AAAACCCUCCCUGUUCCACUUGACGGCUUUCUCUCGAAGUAUCUUCUAGAAUAUCUCUUGAUUCUCUUUUAGUGGCCUACCAUUUCCUUAAAUAUCUUCUUCCAAACAAAAUUAUUAUCACUAUAUCAAUCUUAGAAUUGCUUGUGCUGCUUGAUUUUGAGAUUGGAAAUGGCGGGGAAAGUGGAGGUCAAUGGCGGCAGCGCCUCUUCUUCUUCUGUUAUUUCUGCCAAACUUCCGGCGGUGGCGAACCCAUUGGCUGAAAAGCCUGACGAGAUUGCGUCGGACAUCAAUUACCACGCUCAGUAUAGCACUCAUUUUACCCCUUUCAACUUUGAACUGGAGCAAGCUUACUAUGCCACUGCUGAGAGUGUUCGCGAUCGUCUCAUUCGACAAUGGAAUGAAACGUUCCUCCAUUUUCACGAAGCUGAUCCUAAGCAAACAUACUACUUAUCAAUGGAGUAUCUUCAAGGUCGAGCUUUGACUAACGCAGUUGGAAACCUGAAUAUACAAGAAGCAUACGCAGAUGCUUUGCACAAAUUUGGACUCAAACUUGAAGAAAUAGCAGAGCAGGAGAAAGAUGCAGCUUUAGGAAAUGGUGGUCUGGGCAGGCUUGCUUCGUGCUUUCUGGAUUCCAUGGCAACACUGAAUUUGCCUGCUUGGGGUUAUGGUCUGAGGUAUAGAUAUGGGCUAUUUAAGCAGAUAAUCACGAAGGAAGGCCAGGAAGAACUUGCAGAAGACUGGCUUGAGAAGUUUAGCCCCUGGGAAGUUGCAAGGCAUGACAUUUUGUACCCUGUCAGAUUUUUUGGCCAUGUUCAGGUUAAUCCUAAUGGAAGCCGAAAAUGGGUUGGAGGAGAGGUUGUGCAAGCAUUGGCGUAUGAUGUGCCAAUUCCAGGAUACCAAACCAAGAAUACCAUCAGUCUUCGCCUUUGGGAAGCAAAAGCUAGUGCUGAGGAUUUGAAUUUGUUUUUAUUUAAUGAUGGACAGCAUGAAUCUGCUUCUGUUCUUCACUCACGAGCUCAACAGAUUUGUGCGGUUUUGUAUCCUGGGGAUGCUACAGAAGAUGGGAAACUUCUUAGGCUGAAGCAGCAAUUCUUUCUCUGCAGUGCAUCACUCCAGGACAUAAUUUUUCGGUUUAAAGAGAGGAGACAAGGAAAGGAGUCUUGUACGUGGUCUGAGUUUCCUAGCAAGGUUGCUGUGCAACUUAAUGAUACUCAUCCUACCCUUGCAAUUCCAGAGCUAAUGCGACUACUUAUGGAUGAUGAAGGGCUUGGAUGGGAUGAAGCAUGGGAUGUGACAACAAGGACAAUUGCUUACACUAACCACACUGUCCUCCCUGAGGCACUAGAAAAAUGGUCUCAACCUGUAAUGUGGAAACUACUUCCUCGCCAUAUGGAAAUCAUAGAAGAAAUAGACAAGAGGUUCACUGCAUUUGUAAGCUCAACACGGCUGGACCUUGAGAGCAAGCUUCCUUCCAUGUGCAUUUUGGACAAUAAUCCCCAGAAGCCAGUAGUUCGGAUGGCAAAUUUAUGUGUGGUUUCGUCACAUGCUGUGAAUGGUGUUGCUGAGUUACACAGUGACAUUUUAAAAUCAGAAUUAUUUGCGGAUUAUGUCUCAAUAUGGCCGAAGAAGUUCCAAAAUAAAACCAAUGGCAUCACACCUCGAAGAUGGCUUCGCUUUUGUAGUCCUGAGCUCAGUAAGAUAAUCACUAAGUGGUUAAAAAGUGAUCAAUGGGUCACCAAUCUUGAUUUACUGGCAGGUCUUCGACAGUUUGCUGACAAUGAAGAACUGCAAGCUGAAUGGCUGUCUGCAAAGAGAGCUAAUAAGCAACGCUUGGCACAGUACAUUCUUCGGGUGACAGGGGUGAGCAUUGAUCCGGACAGUCUGUUUGACAUACAAGUCAAACGCAUCCAUGAAUACAAGAGACAGCUACUGAAUAUUCUGGGUGUGAUUUAUAGAUACAAGAAGUUAAAGGAGAUGAGCCCUGAAGAAAGGAAAAAAACAACUCCACGUACUGUGAUGAUCGGAGGAAAAGCUUUUGCUACGUAUACAAAUGCUAAAAGAAUAGUAAGGCUGGUUAAUGAUGUUGGUGCUGUAGUCAACACUGAUCCUGAGGUCAAUAACUACUUGAAGGUUGUGUUCGUCCCAAAUUACAAUGUGUCUGUGGCAGAGGUGCUGAUUCCAGGAAGUGAGCUGUCCCAGCAUAUCAGCACAGCAGGCAUGGAAGCAAGUGGUACAAGCAACAUGAAAUUUGCAUUAAAUGGGUGCCUCAUCAUAGGUACUUUAGAUGGAGCUAAUGUUGAAAUCAGGGAGGAAAUUGGCGAGGAGAACUUUUUCCUCUUUGGUGCAACAGCAGAAGAUGUCCCUCGUCUCCGAAAGGAAAGAGAGAAUGGACUGUUCAAACCAGAUCCUCGGUUUGAAGAGGCAAAGAAGUUCAUUAGGAGUGGGGUAUUUGGAAGCUAUGACUAUAACCCACUGCUUGAGUCGUUGGAAGGAAAUUCUGGUUAUGGUCGUGGUGACUAUUUUCUUGUCGGCCAUGACUUCCCAAGCUACAUGGAUGCCCAGGCAAAGGUAGAUGCUGCUUAUCGGGAUAGGAAAAGGUGGCUAAAGAUGUCAAUUUUAAGCACAGCUGGGAGUGGAAAAUUCAGCAGCGACAGGACCAUUGCUCAGUAUGCCAAUGAAAUUUGGAACAUAGCAGAGUGCCGCGUACCUUGAUUUCAGCUGCAGAUCUCUCACCUUCAAGUCUCUGAGAAGUAAAAUGGAUAGUAGCAUCAGAAGUAAGAGGGAGAGAAAUGAACAUUCACUUCUUUCGUGGCUGAAUCUGUGUGUCCAUGCCCUGUCAGGUUCUGAGAUGUCUGCUGUAUAAUCAUCCUUCAUAAGUGCCCUCCACUCAUCUGCUUUUGAUUGAUGGAGCUUUCUAUUUUCAGUGUUCAUAAUAACAAUAUCUGUGUUCAGUCGAAUAAGAUCAUAUUCUCUCAGAAUAAUGAUUAGGUUAUCUGUUUUACCGCAGGGAAAAAAAGAAUAAAGGAAGAAAAUAUAUCAAUAAUUGUGAACGAGUCUGUUUUCAUUUGUUACACUGUACCUGUAAAGUAAAUUUGAUUCUCAUUUUAAACUCUAUAUACUGUUAUGUAUUAUGUGAUGUUGCUUGAGGACUUCGGUAAUAAUCACUAUGGAAUGUGAUAGAUUAUUAUUUAUUAA